AUGGCCUCCAUACCAGCUUCUCUCGGAGACCCUUCCUCCAGUUCCUUCUCCCCCUCGCCCUCGCCCUCAUCCUCCAACUCUUUCCCUCUUUCCCUAUACAACCGCUUCUCAAAAUGGCGUUCAGAACUCGGUCUACCAAAUCCUGGUUCUGUUGAGAACCUCCAGAAAGAAGUCAAGGUUGUUCACCUCACCAACUAUGCUUUCGAAGGGGGUCGUGCCGACAUCACCAAGAGCAUGUCUAUGAAUCCAUUGUUUCAAGUAACACAUUCAUUCGCACUGGGCUCUCAAAAUACUUCCUCGUACAAUUUUGGCGCCAUCUUUGCCAAUGAAAAGGUUUUCCUUCAAGGUGGAGUUGACCAUGAAGGAAAUGUUAAUGCUCGCAUGAACCAAGGGUGGACUUCUUCUCAUGUAACCAAAAUGCAAGCUCAAAUUUCUCAGCAACUCGGCCACAAUCUCCUCCAGUUAGAGCACGACUACACUGGUCAAGACUUCAACCUGAACCUGAAAGCAGUAAACCCAUGGCCCACCGACCUGACUGGCGUUUUCGUCGGGAGUUACCUCCAAUCUAUUACUAAAAACAUCGCUCUCGGUACUGAGUGGCUACUACAACGACCAACCCCCAACACAUCCGAGAUGAUGGCAACCUAUCUAGCCAAAUAUACCAGCUCCGAUAAAUCAUGGAUCGCUACCGCCCAAGCCCAGCCAGCUGGUGUUCUCCAGGCAACAUACUGGCAGAAGCUUAGUGAAAAGGUCGAAUUUGCUGCCGAUCUUCAACUAAUGGCAACACCCAUGCGGAGAGAUGCGGUCGCGACUUUGGGUGCCAAAUACGAUCUUCGGCUGUCAACGUUCCGGGCACAACUUGACUCGACUGGUAAAGUAGCAGCGCUACUCGAGCAACGGUUUACACCCACCUUUGCUUUCUUGAUGUCGGGUGAGAUCGACCACUUCAAGAACUCCGCCAAGGUUGGCGUAGGUGUGAUGAUCGAGAGUUCUACCUUGAGUCAGGAAGAGAUGGAGGUGCAAAUGCAGCAGAUGCAAUCGCCCACGAAUCCCCCUCUUUAA